GCGGCUGGUAGAAAGAGCAUCCGUGCAACGCUCGCCCACAUUGUCGUCCACCCUUCGUCUGUCUCUGAGAGUGAAAUUGUGCUUGAAGAAGAGGUCGACAAAGCUUUGGACAGAAAGGUUUUGCGUAAAGUCGGACUUUGGCUGCUCGGAUUCUACUUAAUCCUGGGUCUAACAUCUUCAGAGUCAUCGACUCGUCCAGCUAACUACUCCAACGCCGCUAUCAUCAACCUCGAACAUGGCACCAGCAUCAAGAAACAGCUCCAGUAUACCUCAACCCGCUCCGGUGGGCAUGGACAACACCUUGAUCCGUCCCAGUGGGCGUGGACUCUUUUCGUCUGCUACAUGAUCUUCGAGCCCAUGAAUACAGUGCCUCCCAAGACAUUCGGCCCGAGCGCGAUGGAUGGAUGUCCGUCCUAAUCCUCGCCUGGGGCAUAGCAUAUGCACAUUUGCUGCACAUUUGCUGUAGCUGCUGUGCAGAACUUCCAGGGGCAUGAUGUGCGCACGGUUUGCGAACGGUCUGGCUGGGGCGGGAUUAAGGACUUGUAGCAUCGACCGCAUCGACCGAAGUGCCUGGCGGAUGGUCCUGUUCUACUCUGUCGGGACAAAUUUCCAGCGCCCUAAACGGUCUGCUCGCCUAUGCCAUCUCUUUGAUGGACGGUCUUGGCGGUCUCCCCUGAUGGAGAAGGUGGUUGUUCCUCCCUGAAGGUCUCCCUACGAUUACCCUCGCCUUCAUGGCUCCUCUCAGUGUCUCCCUGACUAUCCUCCAACCGCCCGUAGCCAGGACGUUGAACGAGAAAGAACGCCAAUUCAUUGAGAGGCGCUUAUGUAGCCGAUAUCCCCACCUCUGGCAGACACGGCCACUUGGGACUGGGCAUCCCUCAAGCACCUUUUGGUCGUCCCCACGGUCUAAUUACACCUUCGGCUUCCUCUGGACUGCACGUGGCAUUGGGGGGUUU